AUGAAGAUUAUCGAACCAGAUAUCGAAGAUAGCACUGACUACUCGUACCCGUGCGUGAACCACGCAACACAAGCACAUGGACUUCAGGAUACUACAGUUUUGGCGUCACGUGAUGCUGAAAACGUUGGAAAUCACACUCCAGAGGCAGUAUCUCUGGUGGCACUCGAUGAUGGAGAGGUUCAGGCUCACAUUCCUGAGGCAGCAUUUCCGACGUCACAGAAUGUUGAAGAGGGUCGGUAUCACACCCAUGAUGGUAGACCCCAGGUAUUUGAGUCUUUUGAUGAUUACCAUGAAUACUCGUAUCCAGAUGAUCCUGUGCUUGCACCAAUUCCCCUGGUUAGACAGCAACAAGAGGAUUACUUCGCUAAUGACGAGGACUACAGCAUCCUUGAAAGCAACUUUGAUGACAGCAAAACCAAUGACGCAAACGAUCGUAGACCAUUCUAUUUUACAUUUAAUAAAUCUGAUGGUAGUCUUGAAGGCAAUGUUGAUGAUAGGAAACUAACCUCUGAUGCACAAUCUAAUGGUGAUAGCAAUGUAAACGAAAUGAAUUCGAUGAACGUUCAAGGUGAUCGCUCGAUUAAGACAGACAUCACAAUUCCAAUUCCGCAAGUACCGAAUCAGCUGUCACAUCAGUUGCCGUCGCAUGCAGGCACUCUCACUGAUACCCGACCCCAAUCUGACUACACUCCUUAUCGCCCACCAGACAAAGAAAACGAGUAUAUGCGGUUACGAUGUCAAGAACCAGAUACUACAUACUUGGUUCCCUACACGGACCAGGUUAAUACACCAGCGCGUGGACUAGUCCGUGCGUUAGAUGAUGCUGAAAAGAUUUGCGAUCAUGAUCUUGAAGGCCACGACGUGUUUGUUGAGAAUACAAGUGACGACCACGACUAUGCUUAUAAAGUGUUCACAAGUGACCCUGUGUUUCGACGCGGAAUGUGUCAAUAGUAUCUCCAUCAAAGGUGAAUGAGAACACCAAUGAUGAAUAUGAAGAAGUCAUUUAGGAAAGACUGUAGAUAAGAUAAACUAAACCUCAAGCUUGUUUGAAGACCAAUAAUAGCGUUAGUAUCAAUGACGAAACGGAUCCGUAAGCACAGAUAGGCCAGUAGUUAAAUGAUCCAUAGUAAUAUAGAAGAGGUCCGAAGUAAUGGCAAAAUUUUACUAAUGAUAGAUUAAAUCAGUGCAAGAACACAAUUGUGAAGACAUGUUAUAAACUAGUUAAUCGUGAAUUAGAUAUCACUCUAUGCGUAUUUUUUUCUAUACAUUAUUAUGGGGCCUAUUAAUGUUAACGCGCUUCCAUAUGAAACGCGAUGAGGCGCAGGCUUCAGCUUUAAAGUUGCUUUUAAUCAAUUGACAAUCAACAUUAAACAGGUGACGCCAGGAUUUUCCCGGCUCGAUGCCCCCAACGAGGGGAAGAUAUCGCCGACGGGAGCAAAAGUGGACGUCGAGCGUCGCUUAAAUUGUUCCGAAAGUACCGUAGUACAGGGGAGAAGCCCCGAAAAUUUUGACAAUUUAUGGGUUUCAAAGGCUUAUUUAAUCGAUUUUAGAGUCUACUAUUAUGCACAAAAUGCAUAUAAUUUUUUUUUCUCCCAAAGCUCUCCCAGACGGGUGGGGCUCUGCCUUCCCCCGCCCCGUUGGCACCACCCCUGACAUUAAAUGGCAAAUUCAACUAUUGAAUCAUGAGAAAAAAAAGUUUUUAUUACACUUUAUAUUCACCGGGCACUAGCUGCAUCGUACGACGGAUUACGACCGUUUUACGUUGUAACUAUUUUCGCUCUCUGUGUGAGCCUCAGAGGACGCAACGGCGCCUGUUGAUUGUCGGUACUCAGCAGAUCAGAUCGUCAUUCAACACGAUCCGUUGCGCGCGUCGUGGUAUUGCAUUCUCAAUAGAAUCGCGUUUCAUACGAUUGUCGGGUGAAAUGAGUGACCCAGGCUUUACGGUACAAUUUAUUUUUAGUACUUUGGGUAUUUGUUUCCUUAACGUAAAUCAUUGUAUUUUUGCUGUUUUCAUGAGACGAAUUAAUUGAAAUCAUCUAGAGUAUUGUUCUGUUAUUAUAAACUCGAUUUCUCCAAGUCAAACCCAUCUUAUUGAUAGAAUACAAAGUAGGUUUUUAAAUGUUUUUAGCUAUUGACAUGUACUGAUUAUACUGUAAUUGUCUUCAUGUUGUUAUUGUACAAAAGCUUAAAUUCUAUAUUUGAUUGUAAUCUUGUACCUUCACUUACACUGAACGUUCCUAGUCGUACUCUUACUAAGAACUUAUCCAUGUUCCAUUUGGACGAGUUGACUAACAAAGAGAGGUUUAUUUCAAAGAUAAGCAGUUACAUUUAAGUAAUUUGUUCGGAUGAAAUUAAUAUUUUUUAUGAUAGUUUAUCCUCGUUUAAGCUUAAAAUUAUGAUAGUUAAAUGUAA